AUGGCUGCUCCGAAAGAGCCCCCAACAAUGGUGGUUCUCAGCUCCGAUCUCUACACCUCCGGUAGUGCAAUUGGUGACGGCCGUGUCUUGAUUCAUGAGACUGAUAAGGGAAAGAUUGCGAGAUUGAAGGCAUUCCCCGAGUUCAGGGAUAUUUUUGUGUAUGAGAUUGAGGAGAAGGACAAGAAGAAUGGAGGGAAUAUGAAGAAGAGGCCAGGGAAGCUCAACAACAUGCCGGUCCAUGAGAUUAUUCUUCGUGCAGCAAUGAAUAAAAGGGGUCAAUUGGGUCAGCAGCGACCAGCUAGGGCUCCAUCUGCUCCUCAGAAGCAACAAUCGGCUCCAUCUGUUCCUCAGAAGCAGCCAACCGCUUCAUCUGUAGCUCAGGAGCAACAAUCGGCUCCAUCUGCUCCGCAGCACAAACCAUCAGCUCCACUUGCUCAUCCGAAGCAAACAUCGGCUCCACCUCUCGUCUCAACUCCCCAGGAAACUUCUGCUGCUCAAAAACAACCGAUGGCUCCACUUGCUCCUCAUAAACAACCAACGGCUCCAUCUGAUGUUGCUCCCGCUCCACAGGAAACUUCUGCUCUACCUGCUCCGCCUCCAGCCUCAACUCCACAGAAGACUUCUGGAACAUUCUGGAAAAAGCCAAAUUUCUAUCUCAUUUUCCUUGCUCCAAUCUAUGUUCCCGUCAUUUCCUAUUUCUUCUCUCCAGUCUUUGAUUCGAUUAUUUUCAAAUUUAAGGAGAUUGUCAUGUGA